AUGGCCCGCGCGCGCGCGCCGCCUCCACCGCGGCGCCCGCACUAUCUCCCCCCGCUGCUCGCUGCCGCGCUCCUCCUCCUCCUCCUGGCGGCGCCGGCGGCGGAGGCGACGCUGCACCCGGUGGACUACCUGGCGCUGCAGGCGGUGCGGCGCGCGCUCGCGGACCUCCCGGGCUCCCGCUUCUUCGCGUCCUGGGACUUCACCGCCGACCCCUGCGGCUUCGCGGGGGUGUCCUGCUCCGCGUCCCCCGACGGCGGCCGCGUUGUCGCGCUCGCGCUAGGGGACCCGCGGGCCGGCGCCCCGGGCCUCUCGGGCCCGUUCCCGGCCGCCGCGCUCUCCAGGCUCUCCGCGCUCGCCUCCCUCUCCCUCGUCCCCGGGCGCGUCACGGGGGCCCUGCCCCCCGCCGUCGCCGCGCUGCCCGCGCUCCGGUUCCUCGCCCUCUCCGGGAACCUCCUCUCGGGGCCCCUCCCGCGCGCGUUCGCGCCCGGGCUCCGCACCGUCGACCUUAGCAAGAACGCCUUCUCCGGCGCGGUGCCGCCGGCGCUGCUCCAGCUCAGGGACCUCCGCACGCUCGUGCUCUCGCACAACGCGCUCGCCGGCGGGGUCCCGGGCCCCGUGCGCGCCCCGCUCGUCCACCUCGACCUCCGCAGCAACCGCCUGUCCGGCGGCGUCCCGCCGCUGCCGGGCACGCUCGUGUACCUCUCGCUCGCGGGGAACCGGCUCUCCGGCCGGGUCGGCACCGUGCUGCGGCGGCUGCCCAGGCUGGCGUUCCUCGACCUCGGCGGGAACUGGUUCUCCGGCGAGGUCCCCGGGGAGGUGUUCGCGUUCCGGAUCGGGUACCUGCAGCUCCGCAAGAACGCCUUCUCGGGGGAGCUCCGGCCGGCGGGCCGCGUCGCGCCGGGCGCCACGGUGGACCUCAGCCACAACGCGCUCUCCGGCCGCGUCCCGCCCGAGCUCGCCACCGCCGGCGCGGUGUACCUGAACGGCAACCGCUUCGCGGGCGAGGUGCCGCGGGAGGUCGCGGCGGCGGCGGAGGCCGGGCGGAUGCGGGUGCUGUUCCUGCAGGACAACUUCCUGACGGGGAUCGCCGUCGGCGGCGUCCCGGCCAGCGCCGCCGUGUGCGCGCACUGGAACUGCGUCGCGCCGCCGCCGGCCGUCGUGGCCGCGUGCCCGGCAAAGGGCGGCAGGGGGCGGCGCCGGCCGCAGGCGCAGUGCGGCGGCCGGAGAGGGUGAGUUCCUGACAUGGGUUGGGUGGAGAUGGGGUUUGAGGUUUUUGUUGGGUUUAGUGGGUAAUGGUGAUCAGGCUGGUCUCAUGGCUCAUGAGACCCACAAGUGAUUAGUAAUAAUUCUUGGUGUAUAUUUUGCGGUUAAUCCGGAGAUAUAGGGCUGUGAUUUUGUCGGUAGGACACGUGGACGGUGGAUCGGGCGUGUUGCCAAUGUUAAGUGGUUGCAAAUUACAUAGGAAAAAGUUUGUGUAAAGGAAAAGUAAGAAUUAAGGUGGUUCCUGUUGUUUCGUCUCAA